AUGAGCACACCGACAGUGUUCAUAGACAUUGCGAUAUCACCCAAUGACCGCAUACUUGCAAGCGCAUCGCGCGACAAGACACACGCAGAGGAAGUGAGCUACGUGAGGCUACGUGUCCUUUUCCGCGGGUGGACAGCUACUAGCAACUGGCUGCGGAACGACAAAAACGCGUACGCAUGGGAUGUUGGUGCGAUUGUAAAAGAAGCUGGACUCAACGACCUUCUUUCGGAUUCAAAGGCCAACAAAUCUGAACUCGAUGUACGUGACACCUUCAUUAAAGGAUCUCGCUGUGCUCAACAUAUACACUCUAGGCUAAUGCUACACGACGUCCGGUCCAGCGACGUCCACCUGCUUCUCGAGCAUCCCCAGGUUUUUUUCGAUGGAGCUCCACCAGAUCGUUCUCAUUUCAGCCGUCCCAACUCCUCAGCACCACCAGGCGGCACGUUUCUUGGCCGCUUGUUCCACCGUAGCCCUUCCGAUACCCAUGAUACGUCACCGUCCUCCCCACCCGACUGGGCUCGAAACCUUUUGAAAUGGCGUGGGCGAAGCGGCGAAGGCAUCGAGUUGCAAAGGGACAACCCUGCAGCUGUUGAUGUUCCGUAUGCAAAGGGCAAACGUAAACGCUUCAGCAAGGGAGGUUGCGUUAGCGAAAAGCAGAAAAUGAAACCAUUGCACUUCAAGAACUCUACUACGGGCAGCUCGCAGCCUCCCAAGCCCAAUGUCGCUAAGCCAUCUUCACAACCACAGGCAGCUGACUCGUCGUCGUCCACCACACCAGCCAUGGGCCAUGCUACAACGACUACUGGGUGGACUAUGGACUCGCUUCUGGCUCCUUAUUUGUUGUACGUCUACUGAGUAUACUGAUGGUCAUCAUUAAUAUAUUAUUUCCUCG